AUGCAACAGGCCCAUCAAACUUCGUGGGAGGUAAUUCAAAAUGCCUGGGAUGCUGACAGAAAUAACGAGGCAGCCAUCAGAAAGGCAACUAAAGAAAUAGCCGGGGCUACUGCAACAAUUGAACGGAUGUUCGAGGAAGCUCUCGUUGCUGCAGUAUCUCGAGCGAAAAAUAUACGCAACGACUCGUCUGGUGAAGACAUUUGGGAAGCAAUGGUAGCUACACGCAAACUGCUGCUACUAUAUCCUGACCUGAGGAACGGCUUAAGGAAACUUGAGUCCAUACUGAAGUUGAAGCAGGACAGUACGAACAAGAAAAUAGGAGCCGCAGCUAUUACAGGCGGCAUAGUUGCUCUGUAUGCAGCAGGCUUUUUCUUGGGGCCCCCUGCCAUUGCAGGCUGCUUUCUCUACAGCUGGGUGACGGCUGGCGCCGCUUCCACCGCUCUCGGCAUAGGCGGCAUUCUUGGUGGUGGAACAGCCCUCGUAGCUGGGCCAACAGCGGUGUAUAACCAUUCAUCACAGGUCAGUAGAUACGUGGAAGGGUCGCUAACAAGUUUCGAUACGUGCAGCAAGACAACUAAGGAAGUCUUUCCAAAAUUCAAUCAUGAAACUUCACUUCCUCAUAACUGUCUGUUGGAUGGAGAAGAUCUGGCAUGUGGAUAUGGAGGCAAUCUCGGUGGCCAGAAAGGAAGAUUAUCUGAGAAGUCUUGGCGUUAA